AACCUUCUCUGUAAGGAGAAAAUUCCUACGUUGGCCUAUUCGCAACCCAGAUAUUAUUGCAAAGUAGAUCUCGGCCUUGGCCUGUGCCAUUUUUGACCACCUCCUCGAAUCCAUUUCCGGUUUGUUCAAAGGCGCUUCUGCCCUCCGCCAUUGUCACAAUUCUGGCCUAGCUUUUCUGUUUUACGUCGAUGACUUCAACUUUCGUUUUUAUUCGCCACUUUCUACCAAGUUGAUAGUCAAGUGUUCAGUUUAUUAUCGAGACCUCCAUGCGAUUUCAAGGCCAGGGCUUGGUCCCUUCAUCUGCAGGUGUUCUUUUUAAUUAGAUAAUGACUUCUUUGCCUUCGACUUCGAGACAGGACAAGCUGGGGGGAAACCAAUGCUGUGCCGAUGGAUGCCAGAAUGCUCGACAUGGAUUGCCUUUUUUUCGAUUUCCAAGGGACGAGGCUAGGUGCAAAAUAUGGAUUCAGAAUAUGGGACGGUUGGAUUUGCUUGAGAAACCACUUUCUGAACUCGGAAGGAAAGGCUAUUCCUUGUGUUGUGAGCACUUUGAAAGCGACCAGUUUGACGUGCCGUUUGAGAGACGACAUCUUAAGUGGAAUGCAGUGCCCACGUUGUUUAAAGUAUCCCUCCCUAUUCCACCUACCCAGAAAAGGAAAUCUGGUAGCUCGCCACAGAAAAAGUUUGCUAAAAAGUUGGGACUUGAGAAAAGAGAAGACCAAGCAGACAACGGAGCUCAUCGUCUGAUAGGGGAGACAAUGAAGUCCAGUUCUGAGGAAAAGAAUCGGUUGGAAGGUAUUUUGGUAUCAAGCCACGAUAACGAUUUUCAGCAAUCUACGUUGCCAAAUCAGCAUGACCCUGUAGUGCUGCUGAAACGCAUUGCAGUGCCGGAGGAGGUGAACCCCACAGCAGGAAAAAAGCUGGUUAUCCCUUUAGCCAUUAAAAAGGAGGAAGAUAUUAGCUGCCCUCCUGAGAUGGAACGAGAGACAGUUGUGACUGCCUGGAGAAAGUCAGUACAGGCCCAGCAGGCGUUGCCCUCAAGCUCAGCUGAGGCUGAUGUUUCCGUUCAUGCAUCUCAGGUCCCUGCAGCUGGCAUGGAGAUAAAUGUCAUGGGAAAUCAUCUACUUCAGGAAUCGCCGGCUCCCCAAAAGCAAGACAGCGUGGCCAAGUAUGUCCGUGCUCUGGAAGACAUCAGCUCUGGGGCCGAGGUCACUCAGGAAGUUGCUGUCCAGACCCCUUCAGGGCGCAAGUUUAAGAUUUACGUUGUGGCUGUCGAAGAACCCGAUUCCUCCUCUCCUCCACCUCCC